ACCAUCUAGCAGGCAUAGAAUUUCAAAAACCCUAAAUCCCAUUUACACACCAACCAUUCAAGAACCCUUGAAAAUUGCAAAACCAAAACUGUCGUCUUCUUACAGGAGGACGACAUUCAAGGCCGAAACAAAGAUGAGGGACUGGAAAGGUUUGGCCCUUGUAGAUACCAUCUACGAGGAAGAUUAUGACUUCUCUUCCGCCUCUCCUUCUAUUUCCUCUCCUCCCGUCCCUCUGCAUUCUAGAGUUGAGUCCUGGUCCAUGGCAACUGGGAAGAAAACAAACGUCUUGAUAUACGUUCAGGGGACAUGCUUUCAUCUGCAUAAGGAGCCGUUGGCGUCGAGGAGCACCUAUUUGAAACGUCAACUAACGGAACUCUCAGAAAUAACGCUCCCGUUAAAUAUAACGGCUGAAACGUUCGCCCUUGUUGCGGACUUCUGCUACGGCACCAACUUAGUUUUAACGCCGUUCAAUGUAGCGGCGCUGAGAACUGCAGCGGAGUUGCUUGGGAUGACCGGCACCAAGGGUAAGCGUGAAGAGAACUUGAGGCAGAUUACGGAAACGUACUUCCGUCGAGUGAUUGCAGUUAACCGGGAGCUGGCACAGAUUGUUUUUGGUUCGUGUUUGCGGUUGCUUCCAGAGGCUGAAACGACAGCGUUUCUCUUGAGCAGAUGCAUGGAAGCGUUGGGUGAUGAUGGAAGCGAGAUGGACAGAGUUGUCGACGAUAUUAUAGAUUUGUCCGCCGACGAGUUUGAAGUAGUCGCAGAGACGAUGCAAUACAGGCUUACCAGCCACGACGUGUUGUAUAGGGUCAUUGAUCUUUACAUCCAGGAACAUGGUGGGAAGAUAACAGAAGAGCAGAAGAUGGACAUAUGCAAUUUCAUAGACUGUGAAAAGCUCUCUACUCAGCUUCUCGUUCAUGCAGUGCAGAAUCCUAGACUCCCAUUACGAUUCAUUGUCCGAGCAAUGUUGAUUGAACAGCUAAAUACCCGCCGAGCAAUAUUCACCUCCUCUGCCGCUGCGGCCAACAACUAUGCACACCCACAUGGCGAUGACAAUGAGGUCAUCACCCUUGGCUUAAUCCUUCAACGGGAUGCAGCGGCACGAGAAGCAGCUCAACUCAAAGCCGAAAUGGAAGCUACGAGCUCACGUAUACAAAGCUUGGAGAAAGAACUGGCUGGGAUGAAGAAGAUUUUGCAGAAAUCUGAGAAGGAAACAAGUCUGAUGGAGAAGAAGCUUUUGGUUGGGCCACGGAAGGAAAGAACAGGGAAGGUUUUGCAUGAGACAGAAAGGGAAGAAAGGAGUGUGAUUGAUUCAUCAAGAUCAGCGAGUUUUCAUUAUGGUUUGAGGGAUGCUAAGAUAGAAAAAGGCGAAAGAGGAUCAACUUCUUUUGCUGGUUUCAGGUUAGGUGUUAGAGGUGAAAAAAGUGGAGGCUCUUUACAUAAGGACAGUCCCAGAAGUAAGAAAAAUAUCAGCAUGGGAAUGGGACUGAUUCAUAGAUUAAAAAGUACAUUGUGGGUAUCAAAAUCUGCUCCAAAAUGCCAAUCUAAGACUAAAAUUUCGAGCAAAGAAGAUGGAGCUGCGGCGGAAGCAGGAAAUGGAGAAGUUUCUGUGACCACGUAGCAAAAUUAAGAUGCUUCUCGUAAGAGGAGACUUUCCAUCUAGGAUGGCCACAAAAUUUUUAAUAAUUAUUAUUGUUUUUCCUUUUUCUUUAGUUGGAUUUAUUUGCUCACUGGGUACUUGACAUGCACUUCUAUUUGUUUAUUUAAUUUACACUCGUUGAUUAAAUUGAAGUUAAAAAAUGUCUUAACAUUUUGAUCGGGA